UCAAAAUUAUACUACGUUAGCCUAGUGAUAACAACAUUAAUAUAUUUUUUUAUAGUUAAAGCAAAUAUUUUUUGUACAAAUUUUAUAGUACAGUGUGAAAGUCACCCAUUUCCAAAUUGAUUUGUUCCUAUAGCAACUCCAGGAUUUCAUGGCCAAUAUACUUGGUCUGUUAUACUCUCCAUUUUGAGUGAGAUGACUGCAGGUGCAAGGGACAAGAUGGGUAAAUAGGAGAACCUGUUCGACAUUUUUUUUUCUCCUAAGUGCUUGCACCUGUGCUUUGUUUCCUUGCAGGAGUACUCCCUGUGUGUGUCAGUGUCUGGCUAAGUCUCAAGAGAAAGCAAUCAGCUUUCUGAGUCAAGAGCUAGUUGAUGAUCAUGUGCUAGUGAUGAACCAGCAGAAAAAAAAAAAUGCAGUACUGUCACCGGAAUUAAGUGCACUAGACAAAAAAUUAAUGAAGUCAGAUUACCAGUUAACAUGUGAAGAGUCCAGUUAAAAUAAUUCCAGCUGACAGUAUGUUUUGCUUAAGUCCUAUUCAAGGUCAAAAGCAGAAUUCUCAACAAGUUUCAAGUUAUGUCAGAAGGAAUCCCAGGAAAACUCCAGCAAAAAGUCCUGAACUACUGACACCUCCUGACACUCCAUCAGCCGUCAACUUGGAUGAGAUACCAUCGGGCAGAUGGGGACAUGACAUGUGUUUGAUUGACAAGAGGAAAGCAGUUCUGAUUGGAGGCCAGGGAAGCAAACUACAGAUGGCUAAAGAUUCAGUUUGGACAUUGAAUAUGUCACAAGAAUGCAUCUCAUGGAAACAAGAGAGUUGUGAAGGAGGUGGAGCUGAUAGACGGAUAGGACACACAAUCACCUAUGACACAGAAAAGAAAGUUUUGUAUGUCUAUGGAGGAUCAAAGACAAAAAGAUGGUUCAGUGAUGUCAACAUUCUAGACCUUCAAACAAAUACCUGGUCAGCUGUCAAGGUUUGUUAAUUUAAUAAUAUAUAGAUUUAGCUGAGCCUAAAACUGGAGCUCCUGAUUAC